GCUACAGGCAAGUGACCAGUUCAAUAGGCAUUACCAUCUACCUUUCACAACAGGAACAAUGAUCACAGUCCUUACUGCUUUUUGUAUUUUUGUGUCUGUGCAAACAUCUGGCUUUGAUGAUCUUCGAGUGCAAGCAGUAAAAUAUAAAGAAAAUGUUACAAUAAAAUGUGAGCAAAGCUUUGUCAAAGGCCAUAAGCACUAUUUAGCCUGGUAUAAGCAGAGUUUUGGAAAGCUGCCUCAGUUUAUUGCAAGAGCGGCUAAGCAUAACGAAGAUGCCAGAUAUGCUCGACCAUUUGUAGAGCGCUUCAGACUGACGGCAACUGAAGAAACAUUUGAUCUCAAGAUUAUGAACACUGUGGAAGAAGAUACAGGGACAUAUUUCUGUGUGAAAGUAAAGGAGUAUGUUACAGAGUUUGGAUCUGGGAUCCUUCUGCUUUUCCCAGAUGAAAAGUCUGAGAAGCGAAAUCUGACUGAAGUAGAUGUGAAAAGUGGAGAGUCGGUUACACUCCAGUGUUCAGUGGCUCCUCUGAGCUGUUCAGGAGAACACAGUGUGUACUGGUUCAGACACGGAUCAGGAGAAUCUCAUCCAGGAAUCAUUUACACUCAUGGAGACACAGAUAGUCCGUGUACGAGGAGCUCUGAGACUGAUUCUCCUACACAGAGCUGCAUCUACAAACUCCCCAAGAGAAACCUCAGCCUCUCUGAUGCUGGAACUUACUACUGUGCUGUGGCUGCAUGUGGACAGAUGCUGUUUGGGAGUGGAACUAAACUUAAUGUAAAAGGUGAAUGUUUGCAACAGAUGAGCAUUUUGUUCUGGCUCUCCAUUGUAAGAACUGGACUUCUUGCUGCAAUGAUUAUUAUUCUUAUUGUGGUCCACAUUGUUCAAAAAUGUAAGUAGAAACGCUGAAGACAGAUGUCGGAAAUAUACAGCAAAAUAUACAUCCAUUUUAUGUGUUGCUGAUCUCUUGUAACUUAAGAUUUGUGUUUCCAUUUGAAAUGUCUUGUGCUUUAACAUAAGCCUCCUCCACUUUGACAAAACCAUUAUUUAAUCCACUUUGGACCUAGAAAGCUUCUAUGCACUUAUUCGGUAGAUGGUUCUGACAAAAUGUGGGUAAAGUGUAAAAGCUUCACACUAAAAAUAAAGACUUCUGAACUGG